AUGGUGGCAAUCACCUUCAUCCAACAUGAUCCUACUCAUACUCAAGAACCACGACAGAAACAGCUUGACUCGGCACGCGCAAGGGCCCAUGCUGCCCGCGUCUCCCAUGCUCGGAGACGGAGCGACAGCCACCAGCAUUCGCCGCCACAAAGUCAAGACCUUGAUCUCCAGACCGAAGACAGCGACGAUGAGCAUUUCUUGACAGUGUCAGCUUUUGAAGGCAACUCAGAUCCGUUCCGAUGCUUUGCGAUCGAAAUAACCCCGGCACUGAACCGCAUUCUGACCUUCACCAGAGACGUUGCCUUGCGCGCCCACUACUCACCUCUCGCCAUCAGAAGGAUAUCGCGAACGAUAGCGGGUACUUUUGAGCAGCCUUAUAUUCUGGGCGGAUGGGCCGAUAUUGCAGCAAGUUUGCGGGAUGAAGGCACUGCUCUUGCUCGCUUGACGACAUAUAGUCAAUACUUGAGUAGCUGUGUGCAAAACCCCAAGGAAUUGAGGAUGUUGGUCUUGCAGAUGCGAAAGCGCAGCCUCCAGCUCUUGCGUGAAAAGCUGGAGAGGCACACAGAUUCGUCCGCUUCUGAAGAGAAGAACGCUUUGAAGCGCCACAUCUUCUCACUAUUUGACGCCGAAUGCUGCUGUGGAAACACCCAGGCAGCGAUCAUCCAUGGGACAACCUUGCAGAAGCUGAUCAAUGAGAGCAACACAUUCGAUGCACCAAUGGCCCAACGGUUGCUGUAUAUUAUAUGCCAUUCAGCAGCCACCAGUGGACAGCGGACCGUGCCAUCUGUGGGCGAGUGGAUCAGCGCAAGGUCUGAGGCUUUCCUGAAAGAGCAGAUUCCACCUCAUCCACUUGGAGUUCCUGAGAAUCACCUGUCUCAUGCAAGCGUCACUCUACCGGAGUUACGAACGCUCUUUGCACGCUGCUGGUACCUGGGAGACGCUAGCAAGCAAACUACACCAACGGAGAGUCCUACAGCUGCCACGGCCGUCCAGAACAAGAACGCCGCUUACAUAUACGUGACGGUCUCCGCCCUCGUUAACCUAUGCCGGCUCAACGACAUGUUUCAUAAUCUCGUCGAAGCGGUCUGGAUGGCUGGGAUCAGCAGGUCCGAAAGGUACACCCAGGCAGCGCUGUCAGUCGCUCUCAACUAUCUCACGCGAGAGAUGUUUGGUGAUUUGACCAUUGGUGGAGUCAACAUUCGGGAUUGCUCAGUUCUCCUGAUGGGCCAACUGAGAUUGACAUUCACGAGAGCAUAUCAAUCCAGCUCGGUUAACGAACGCCUGGACUUCGCGCCCGCAUACCUCUGGAUUCUCUACGUGGGAGCGCUCUGUGAACACCGAAGGAGAGACAACAUUCUGAUGGUAGAUUUGCUUGAUGAAUUCUGGUUUAGUCCACUUCUCGCUCUGCAGGCUAAUUUGAUGGGUGUCAUGACGUGGCCACAUAUGCGUGCCAUGGCUGAACAGUUCUUUUACACAGAUAUCAUCGAACCGGAUGGUGCAGUCUGGUUUGAGACUCUUCUCAAGAGGUACGCUCACGCAUCUCGCCAAAAGAGGGUAUCAGUGGCUAGCCGGUACAUCUGGUUCUUCAAGUCUCAAGGGUGA